GUUAACAACGCCACUGCGCGAGUGAUGACCAAUAAGAAGAUGGUCACACCUUACGCAAAUGGUUGGAAGUUGAGUCCUGUGGUUGGAGCGGUGUACGGCCCUGAGUUAUAUGCAGCGUCCAGCUUUCAAGCAGAUGUCUCGCUGGGCAAUGACGCCGCAGUGCCCCUGUCAGGAAGGGGGGGUAUUAACACUUACAUUCCUUUAAUCAUUCCAGGCUUCCCCUAUCCAACUGCAGCCACCACAGCAGCCGCGUUUCGGGGAGCCCAUCUGAGGGGCCGAGGAAGGACAGUGUAUGGGGCAGUCCGGGCGGUACCUCCCACAGCCAUCCCUGCCUACCCAGGUGUGGUUUACCAGGACGGAUUUUACGGUGCUGACCUCUAUGGUGGAUACGCAGCCUACAGAUAUGCACAGCCUGCUACUGCAACAGCAGCCACAGCCGCUGCAGCCGCUGCAGCAGCUUACAGCGAUGGUUAUGGCAGGGUGUACACAGCAGAUCCUUACCAUGCCCUUGCCCCUGCCGCUAGCUACGGAGUUGGCGCUGUGGCGAGUUUAUACCGAGGUGGCUACAGCCGAUUUGCCCCCUACUGAAGUGACGUGAGCCCCCUGCAAGUGGGACAGCCCCCCCAGUUCAUGAGGCCUGGCUAUUGCAAUAUUUACUAGUAGAGGAACUCUAUAGCAAGACAAGGAGGAAAAACAAAAAAAAAAAACAAAAAACAAAAAAAAAAAGAGAAAAUACUUUUUUAUACCUCACUAUGUUCUUUGAAUAUGUAUUUUUUUUUUCCUUUAAAUUUCUGCCUUUAAUUCUUUUGUUCC